CGUUUUCCGCUUCUCUGCGUUCGUCGCAUCAGUUUUCAUGUAGUGCUAUUCGUGCCACGAGCGUGCACAGCUCGGCCUCCUCACUGUUGGGACUGCUAGCGUUUUUUGGCGGCUGUGAGGCUAAGAAGACCGGAUCUUCAGAGUCCGGAGGCAGCAGCUACUCCCGAGCCUCCCUCCAGUGUUCCCAGGAGAAACUCGCCGAGAAGUGAACUUGCUGUGGGGGUGUUUGGGUGCUCAUCAACAUGCUGAAGACCCGCCAGUGUCUGCUCGGCAUCCGCACUUUCCUCAGCGUCACGUCCAGAAUAUGGGGCUUCUUCAUGUACAUCCUCAGGAAGCACCUACGAACGAUAAUCCAGUAUCAGACGGUGCGAUACGACAUUCUGCCCCUGUCGCCUAUCUCCAGAAACAGACUCAAUGCAGUAAAGAGGAAGAUUCUGGUUCUGGACUUGGACGAGACCUUGAUCCACUCUCACCACGACGGGGUCCUGAGGCCCACAGUGAGGCCUGGCACGCCGCCAGACUUUAUCCUGAAAGUCGUCAUCGAUAAGCAUCCUGUCAGAUUCUUUGUACAUAAAAGGCCGCACGUCGACUUCUUUUUAGAAGUGGUGAGCCAGUGGUACGAGCUGGUGGUUUUCACAGCCAGCAUGGAGAUCUACGGCUCGGCCGUCGCAGACAAGCUGGAUAACAACAGGAACAUCCUGAAACGCAGAUACUACAGGCAGCAUUGCACGUUGGAUCUAGGUAGUUAUAUUAAAGACCUGUCGGUAGUUCACGAUGACCUGUCCAGUAUUGUAAUCCUGGACAACUCGCCUGGUGCUUAUCGUAGCCAUCCAGACAAUGCAAUACCCAUCAAGUCCUGGUUCAGUGACCCUAGUGACACAGCACUUCUUAACUUGCUGCCUAUGCUGGACGCACUAAGGUUCACCGCCGAUGUUCGCUCCGUCCUCAGUCGAAACCUGCACCAGCACCGGCUCUGGUGACUGAACAGAAGAGGUGUGUGUGCGUGGGGGGGUCGUCUGGCCUCGUCCUCUC